AUGAAGUUCUCCGUCACCAACGCCCUUGCGGGUUUUUCAUUUAUCUCGAUGGUGAUGGCUUCGCCCUUCCCGUCAGCUCAGGAUUCGCAUAUUGGCAAUGGUUUCGAAGCCCCGGUGGCGGUUGCGUCGUCUGACCAUACUCUUCGCAAGGUUGAUACCUUGCCUCGUGAGCUCGACACUGCCGAGCCUUCGGACAUUCUGGCCACAAGGGGCGACCGUCUCGUUUCCAAAUUCAAAGUUCACGUCGUCACCUCCUCCGCCAAAGUUAUUGGGAUCAUUAUCAUCGACUACAUCAUUAAUAAGCUAGUCCUACCUGGCGCGGACGAGAGCAUCACCGCCGACUUUGACAAGCUCACCAACGUUAAGGUCAAAGGACCCCUCGUUGCUACGCACUUCGAUAACCCUCCCACACUUCUAGGCCACCCUCAGCAAGCCGUUUUCGACUUCAGCACUUCCGUAGUGUCUGGCGUUUUUGAUCUCGGUCUUGACGCGGCUGGAAUGGUUCAAUCUGUUGUGAGGUCCACUGGUGUUCAUCUGGGCCCACAUGUUGUUGCGAAGACUCUUCACUUUUUCAAUGAGAAAAACUUGAAAAUUGGCACAAUUCGCCUUUGA